UGUUUACACCUUGGAACACCACCUUGGGUUUUUGAGACAACACCUAGAUUCUACCAGUCUUUCAGACUCUCGAACUCCAUUGAAAAGCUCCAGAGUUUCGAGAAGUCUCUUACUAGUCUGCCUUCCUUCACUUGACCCCGCCAUGCUGGCGUCUCUUUGCCGUCUACAUUCAUUAUGGGCAUGACUACUUUGGAGAUCGUCAUAUUCGUUGUUGGGUCAAUAUCUUUCUGGACCUUUGUCGCCUUCUUUGGGCGUCUCCCUGCUUUUAAGAACACUAUCAUCGGACGCAUACAGCGGCUCGUCUUCGUUCACCUUCCUUCUUUCCUCCACAAAUUGGACGUACGCCUCACAAAUGGCCGGAUAUCGAAUGGAGGCUCCCGCUUUGGGCACUAUCUUAUGCAUGAGAAGCAUCCUCUAGUCGUAAUAUUCUUCUUGGGCCUCGUUACAGGCAGCGUCGCUCUUUUCGUUCCCGUUGUCUGGCACCAUCUGCCACUCAAACACAAGCUGUUGAUACCAGUUCUGGUUCCUACGCCUUACAUAUUCACAUUCUUGAGCGCUACGAGGAACAGCGAGUCAUAUAUCACUCCAGAAAACCACGCGGCUCAAAUGCGACUCUACCCAUAUGAUCGCGUGCUCUACUAUCCUGGCAAUACCUGCUCGACCUGUGAAUUUUUGAAGCCUGCCAGGAGCAAGCACUGCAGUAUAUGCAAAACCUGCGUCGCGCGAAUGGAUCAUCACUGUAUAUGGGUCAACAAUUGUCUUGGGAAAGGCAAUUAUCGUUGGUUUCUUCUGCUUUUGUUUUUCACCACUGUUGCGCUGGCGUACGGAGCGUACUUAGCGUACAUGGUCAUUUCCCCUCUCGCAAGCUUGCAGUAUCUACGAAACGAGAAAUGGUACAGAUACCGGAUCAAACCAGGAGUGGAUCCGAACAGCUGGGGUACAUAUCUCAGUAUGAAGCUCUACUACUUUAUGACUUUCUUGUCUAUCUACCUCGAGAUUGGAGGUCUCCGAGCAUCGGGGGUAGGGUUGCUGGCACUGCUGACUUGGCCACUUCCAUUGGGCUUGUUGGCCUACCAUAUCUAUCUCAUUUGGGCAGGCAUGACGACAAAUGAGAGCUCCAAAUGGGCAGACUGGCGAGACGACAUGGCAGAGGGUGUUGUCUACCUAGGGCAUCGUAUGGAGGAUACGAUGGGAGUUAACAGACAGCAAGCAGCAUCGUCUCAUCACGGCAACUCUUCGCCGUCUUCCAAGUCGAACCCCACGGCUGUGGAGCUACCAUCUGAAGAGGAAGAACCAACGACAACAUGGCCGCUAGAAAGUAGGCACAUAUUGAUUCGUACCACCAACGGUCUCCCGCCACGGAAUCUCCCAAGCCGCAUACGCUCCGUUGCGAAGGAGGAUAGUUUCGAGAAAGUAUGGAAUUUAGGAGCGGUUGAAAACACAUUCGACUUAGGAUUUUGGGAUAACCUCGUCGAAUCCUUCAAAUAGGUUACGUGUCUUACGCAACGCACUGCAUUGUACAUAUGUACCAUUUAAUAUACAUACCUUCUCGC